UUGCAGUAGUCUCUCCAGUAGUCACUGCUGUCGCAGUUACUGAGUGAAGAGAAAGAAGUUAAGGAUAUUGACUUUGCCUGUUGACUGGAAUUAGCUGAGAUUAGGAAGAGAAGAAUGGCAUACCUGAAGCAAGUCUUUCUUUUAGCUGCUAUGCGCUGGUUUGUGUGGUGUGAGACAGAAGCAGCACAAAGCCGAAAAAUGUUGUGCACGUUUAAGGAGAAGACCUACAGCCCAGGAGACAGCUGGCAUCCUUAUCUAGAGCCGUUUGGCUUCAUGUUCUGCAUGCGCUGUUCUUGCACUGAAUCUGGUCAUGUGAAAUGUAACCCCAUCAAAUGCCCAGCUCUGCGCUGUGACAAUCCAGUGACCGACUCACAACAGUGCUGCCCACGCUGUGCAGAUGAGCAGAGGUCCCCUGCAGGUUUGAGGGCUCCCGUUAAAACCUGUCGUUACAAUGGAACCACUUACCAAAUGGGCGAGACGUUCACUAAUCACGAUCUGUUCCCAUCCCGACAGUCCAACCAGUGUGUUAUGUGCACAUGCUCUGGUGGAAAUAUUUUUUGUGCACUGAAAACCUGUCAGCCCAUCACAUGCUCUUCACCCAUCUCUGUUCCAGAUACAUGCUGCUUUAUUUGCAAAGAGGGUCCACCUGACAAUUCAUAUGACGAUGGAGGACAGCAACUGAACCGAGGAGUAAGGCAUUCUGUGGAUCAGUGCACUGGAGAGCAGGUGAAGAACCGGGCCACACGAGUCACACCGGCCGCACUUAGAGGCUCACCAAGAGGCCUUAACCUACAAACACUGCACCUUAAAGGAGCGGCUGAUACCACAGUGAAGAUCCUCUUACAGCGCAAACACCAGAGAGCUUGCACGUACAGUGGGAAGACCUACUCCCAUGGUGACGUGUGGCACCCUGUGCUGGGGAAAGUUCUGGAGUGCAUCCUGUGCACCUGUAGAGAUGGCCUUCAGGAGUGCAGACGCCUCACCUGCCCCAACCAGUACCCAUGCAAACACCCCAUUAAGAUAGAUGGAAAAUGCUGUAAAGUUUGCCCAGAGAGUAAGACUGAGAACAAUAGGACGGAGUGUUAUCUGGGACAGGACAAUAACAGUCUUCUGGUAUAUAAAGUUGAAUCUUCAUCUUCUGCUCAUGUGGAAGACACGGUGCGAAAAAUCGCCAUUGAGAGACAAGGAGCCACUGAGGUUGAGGUGCAAGUAUGGAAAACAGUAGACGGGGUACUGCAUUUGAUGGAAACUGGUGAUGUUCAAAAAAAGGACCUUAUAGAGCAUCCAGAGAAUUAUAUUCUACUGACUACGUUAGAUGAGGAUGCUUGGAGAAAGUUUAAAGAGGAAGAAGACAAGGAGAAAGACUUCAGUAGGAACAGGACCUGUGAAGAUGGCAUUAAGGAGGUAGUGAAGUACUUAAACCCCGAUCAGCUGGACAUUCUUUGCACGUCUUAGUCCUCCGAGUGUCCUCUCUGCUCUGGAACAGUGUAUCAGCUCAGCGUCCAACACCUCUUUUAUUAUCAGAACACAAAACAGAACACACACAAUGUGUUUUAGUGGAAAACAGAUACAGACAGAAGAACUUUGCUGUCCCAUGUGAGAUGUAGCUUUUGUAGAGGCCUUGAACUGGAGUGAAGUCAAUAGUGUGGUCUUGUCAAAAUACAGAAGGGAAAGUAAACACAUACAGAUGUCUCAGUUCUGAAGCAAGAAAGGGAAGUAUGGAAAUAUUACUUUUUAUUAAGGAAAAACUUGUGGAUGUGAUUCAAACAAAGCAAUCACUGUAUGUGUACAGUUAUUAAAGAGAAGUGUAAGUAGGAAUGUAAGCAGAUUAUUGGCCAGGAUGCUUUCAUAAAGUUGAUGUAGGCCACAUUUUUAUCACUGUCAUUAGUUAUAAACCCAUUAAAUAAUUUUAAUACUAAAA